AUGUUUACUAAAAAGUACCCAUCUGGUAAUGAUAAAAGAAAAAGAAAGAAAGAGGAGGAAGAAAAAAUUAAACCAUUAAAGGGAUCGCUUCAAAAACUUUGGAAGAAAGCCAAACAAUCUGAUGUGCCUAUAGAAAAAGACGAGUCUGAAAUUGUAGAAAAAGAGGUGUCUCAAGUUCAAAGUACUUUUACACAAGAACAUGAAGUAGUUGAUGAAGAGUGUGCUAAUGAGAUAACUGAACAAGAAACCGAAGUGAUUGAAAAUGAGGUUAUCGAAAAUAGAGAAUACACUAAUCCCAGUGAGUUUGUUCCUCUAUCUUUGAAUAUUUAUGAUCCUCGGGUGUGGGAUAGAUUAGAUAGUAAUAUGAGGGAUUUGCUUGUUGAAAAGGGGCCUAUUAGAGAAAAUAUUGUUGUUUUUCCCAAGGAUAAAUGCAGUAGGGGGUUUUCAACGUAUUAUUAUGAUCAAAAAUUAAGAAACGGAGAAUUUGUUGAUAGAAAAUGGUUAGUUUACUCAAAAGAAUUGAAUAAAGUAUUCUGCUUUUGUUGUAAAGUGAUAAAAACUGCUCGAUCUAAAAGCAAUUUAGCAAGUGUGGGAGUAGAUGAUUGGGUACAUUUAGGUGAGAAGCUGAAGCAACACGAAGAUAGUCUUGAACAUCUUACUAAUCUGAAGGCAUGGGUAGAACUCCAAGUUAGGUUGAAAACAAAUCAAACCAUUGAUAAAGAAUUGCAAGAGCAAAUUAAAAAAGAUACUGAACAUUGGAGGCAUGUUAUGAUUAGAAUAAUUGCUGUUGUUAAACGCCUUGCAAUGAAUAAUCUGGCAUUUCGUGGGAAAAAUGAAAAAAUAUUUGAAGAUUCGAAUGGUAACUUUUUGGGUUUUCUUGAGUCAAUAGCUGAGUUUGAUCAAACAAUGCAGCACCAUUUCAGACUCAUUCAAGACAAGGACAUUCACUAUCAUUAUCUUAGUCACAAAAUACAAAAUGAUUUGAUAUUAAUGUUGGCUUCGAGUGUAAAGAGUGUGAUAUUAAAGAAAAUCAAGGAAGCUAAAUAUUUUUCAGUAAUUCUUGAUUGCACUACUGAUGCAAGCCGUAUGGAACAAAUGACUUUGGUGAUUAGAUGUGUUGAUGUUGUGAGUUAUCCUGUAAAAAUUGAAGAGUAUUUUUUAGAGUUCUUGAAUGUGGAAAAUACUUCUGGGUUGGGUCUGUUUGGUGAGUUAGAAAUUGCUCUUAAAUCUCUUGAUUUAAAUAUCAAUGAUGUGAGGGGACAAGGGUACGAUAAUGGUUCUAACAUGAGGGGAAAACACCAAGGUGUUCAAAAAAGAUUACUUGAUGUUAAUCCCAGAGCUUUUUAUAUGCCUUGUGGUUGUCAUUCUCUUAAUUUGGUACUAUCUGAUACGGCAAAUUCUUGUGUGAAAGGUAAAUCUUUUUUUGGAGCAUGUCAAGCUUUAUAUAAUGUGUUUGCUAAUUCCACUAAGAGAUGGAAUCUAUUGCUUGAAUAUGUGGAUGACUUGACUUUAAAAUCUUUAUGUGUGACAAGAUGGGAAAGUCGGGUCGAAAGUGUUAAAGCAAUAAGAACUCAAGCUCCAAAAAUAAGAGAUGCAUUAAUUAAAUUAGCUGAAGUUUCUGAUGACCCAAAAAUAUGUUGGGAUGCUGAAAAAUUAGCCUCAAAUGAGUUUUCAAGUUUUGAAUUUAUAUUGAGUUUGGUUAUUUGGCAUGAUAUUCUGCAUAAAAUUAAUUUGGUGAGCAAAAAUUUGCAAUCUGAAGAUAUGCGUCUUGAUGUUGCUAUUGCAAAUUUAAAAGGGCUAGUUUCUUUCUUUGAGAAAUAUCGAGAGAAUGGGUUUACAUCAGCUAUGAUUGAUGCUAAAGAGCUUGCUAAUGAAAUGGAUGUUGAACCUGUUUUUUUGAUAAAGCGUAGGAUUAAAAGAAAUAAACAGUUUGAUGAGAAUCCUGACACCGAACGGGAACAACAAUCUGCCUUGGAAAAUUAUAGAACUGAUUAUUUUCUUGUACUAGUGGAUAUGGCACUUUCUCAACUGAAGAUAAAAUUCGAACAAAUGGAACUUUUUGAGUCUGUGUUUGGUUUUUUGUUUGAUGCAGCGCGGUUGAUUUCUUUGGAUGAUGAAGGACUAAAAACUUGUUGUCUGAAACUUGAAAAGUCCUUAACUCAUGGUGAUGCUUGUGAUAUUGAUGCGAAACGGUUGCUUUCAGAAUUACAAAUUUUACAGGAGAUGCUUCCAAGUGUAGCAUAUGAAUGUGAAAUACCAUGGAAUUCUCUUAAAGUUUUAGAAUUUGUGAAGAAGAUGGACAUGUUUCCAAAUAUUUUAGUGGCUUAUAGGAUUUUAUUAACUAUACCUAUUACUGUGGCAUCUGCAGAACGGAGUUUCUCAAAAUUGAAGUUAAUUAAGUCUUAUUUAUGGACAAGCAUGACUCAAGAUAGGUUGAAUGGAUUGGCAAUUUUGAGUAUUGAGAAAAAUAUACUCAAAAGUAUUGAUGUGGAGCAUAUAAUCGAUGAUUUUGCUUCAAAAAAUGCGAGAAAAGGACAUUUCAGAUGA